AUGCAUUCAUUGGCUGUCCCCUGUGAAUGUGGGAAAUCUUUUACCACUAACAAUGAACUUCAUUGCCAUCAGAGAGUUCAUACGGGAGAAAAACCUCAUAAAUGCAGUGAUUGUGGGAAAUCUUUUACCAGGAGCACUAAUCUUCAUCUUCAUCACAGAAUUCACACUGGAGAAAAGCCUUAUAAAUGUAGCAAAUGUGGGAAAUCUUUUACUACCAGCACUGCUCUUCGAGGUCAUCAAAAAUUUCACACUGGAGAAAGGCCUUAUGAGUGCAGUGAUUGUGGGAAAUCUUUUAUCAGUACCAUUGGCCUUUCCCGUCAUCAGCGAAUUCACACUGGACCAAAGCCUUAUCAAUGCAGUGAAUGUGGGAAAUCUUUUCUCAGUAGCACUCAACUUCAUCUUCAUCAGAGAGUUCACACUGGAGAAAAGCUUUAUAAAUGCAGUGAAUGUGGGAAAUAUUUAUCUACCAACACUGCCCUUCAGGUUCAUCAGAGUGUUCACACUGGAGAAAAGCCUUAUAAAUGCAGUGAAUGCGGGAAAUCUUUUAAUAGGACAAGUCACCUUCAUGAACAUCAUCAGAGAAUUCACACUGGAGAAAAGCCGUAUAAAUGCAGCGAUUGUGAAAAAUCUUUUAGCACUAGCACUGACCUUCACUGUCAUCAGAAAGUUCACACUGGAGAUAAGAGUUAUAAAUGCACUGAUUGUGGGAAAUCUUUUACCAGGAGCACUUCCCUUCGAGAUCAUCAGAGAUUGCACACUGGAGAAAGGCCCUAUGAGUGCAGUGAAUGUGGGAAAUCCUUUGCCAGGAGCAAUGACCUUCGUGUUCAUCACAGAAUUCACACUGGAGAAAAGCCUUAUAAAUGCAGUGAAUGUGGGAAAUCUUUUAGCACUAGCACUGACCUUCACUGUCAUCAGAAAGUUCACACUGGAGAAAGGCCUUAUAAAUGCACUGUUUGUGGGAAAUCUUUUACCAGGAGCACUUCCCUUCGAUAUCAUCAGAGAUUGCACACUGGAGAAAGGCCCUAUGAGUGCAGUGAAUGUGGGAAAUCUUUUUACAGUAGCAGUGACCUUCGUGUUCAUCAAAGAAUUCACACUGGAGAAAAGCCUUAUAAAUGCAGGGAAUGUGAAAAAUCUUUUACCACUAGCAGUGACCUUCACUGUCAUCAGAAAGUUCACACUGGAGAAAGGCCCUAUGAGUGCAGUACAUGUGGGAAAUCUUUUUACAGUAGCAGUGACCUUCGUGUUCAUCACAGAAUUCACACUGGAGAAAAGCCUUAUAAAUGCAGUGAAUGUGGGAAAUCUUUUACUACCAGUUCUGCUCUUCGAGGUCAUCAGAAAUUGCACACUGGAGAAAGGCUUUAUGAGUGCAGUCAAUGAUGGGAAAUCUUUUGUCAGUAGGCCUGGCCUUCAAUAUCAUCAGAGAUUGCACACUGGACAAAGGCCUUAUGAGUGGAGUGACUAUGGGAAAUCUUUUCCCCAGAGCCGUGACCUUCAUCUUCAUCACAGAAUUCACACUACAGAAAAGCCUUAUAAAUGUAGUAAAUAUGGGAGCUCUUAUAUCCAUAGCACUCUCCUUUCUGGUCAUCAGCGAGUACACACUGGCGCAAACCAUUAUAAAUGCCAUAAAUGUGGGAAAUUUUUUACCACUAAUGAGUCUCAUACAUUUAAAUACCUACAUGAUAUAAAAUCCCCAUAAGUUUUUAUGGAGUGUUUUUUUUUUUUGUUUUUGUUAUUUUAUGUUGGAACCAUAUGUAGCUAUGUUUCACUUUCUGAAAUACUUAGAUUUGUUUCCAGAUCUACGUCACUGCAUAUUUCUGUUACUUAAGGUAUUUCAUUUGUACCACCUCUAAGAUCCUAUCAAUGGCAUCAAUCACCAUCCUCUUGUGCCCAAUGAAGCUAACUCUGUUGUCGAAUUUAUUGGACUGAUUAGUGUUAGCCCCACAAAACAUAACAUUGCAGGGGAACUGCCAUUUUUAGAGAUACACAUUCCCUAGAUGACAGUGAUGGAUUUAUUGAGUGCUGAAAACAUCAAUGGAAGAACUGCCAUUCUCAUGUCUCUUUGGUUUGUGAAAUAAUGAAGGCUUUUUCAUAAGUCUUCUUUCAUCUUGGAUGUUCUAUUUACUGUGUGGGUUAGCUUAUAAGGAGGUCUAAGCUCUCCAAACAUGAUGAGGUGAAAACCUUUCAUGGGGCCUCAAACAUUCUUUGACCUUGACUGAACAGUGUGGUAUACAAAUUAACUUAGCACUUUUUGCCUAAUUUUCAUGGCUGCCCAUCUUUUCCUAAUAAACACUGUGGAUUGUGGACUCUCUUUUCCUCAUGUGAAGAUGGAAGCUUUGAGGCAAAGCCAUCACUCCAAAGAUGGGGUAGCUGUGACAACCUCAAGUUUAUCUUUGAGCUGUGUUAAUAUUUUUAUUGUUUUCAAGGGAUGCCAAUAUAUUUAAAGACAAUCUCUUUCCAUGUCUUGCAGAGGGCCAUGUGCCCUAUUGCCUUUAAUUCCAUGGGCGACGGUCACUGGUUGGAGGACCAUCGCAGUUAAGGGAAACAUUCUCACUAUAAAAACACUGGCCUAAUGUGUUUUGGAGGGGGCUGUAGCCCAUUAGAUGGAAUGUCCCUCAUCUAAACUUGCAUCCAGGAAUGUUUCUGGGCCAAAGUAGCUCAACUAAAGGACUUAUAUGCAUGCAUAUAAGCCUAAUCAAUGGACACAAACA